ACAGCGGGUGCACUAUACCCCGAUAGCUUACCGCCUUUGAUUCUACUCCGUUCGUCGCGAAUCUCGAUAUGGCGGCAGAUGCGCUGGAAACCAAUUGCCCGUCAUUGUUGGCUCCCGCCGACCUCGAAUUCGUGUGCAGUGGACCCUACUACGCGCUUGAUGUCCAAGUCACCAUCUUCCAGGCCUUCCUUUCAGGCCUAGGUAAUUGAAAAUCCCGGCGAUCAAUUCGACAUUGCCCUAAGCCGCCGUCAUGAAUUUGUCGCUUGUUGAUCCGUUCGUCCUGGCGCAGGACUAUCCGGAUACCUUGACAGAGAAAUUGCGGAGUGGCCAUGCGACAUGUCUACGAUUCAACCACACUGGCGACUACCUAGCAUCCGGGCGAGUGGACGGUACCGUUGUGAUCUUUGACAUCGAGACGAACGGUGUUGCGCGCAAGCUCCAGGGUCAUACUCGGCAGAUCCAGUCUCUUAGUUGGUCUCGAGAUGGCCGGUACCUGCUUACCUCCUCGCAAGAUUGGAAGUGUAUAUUGUGGGACUUGAAAGAUGGCUCCCGUGUGCGCACGGUCAGAUUCGAAGCACCAGUCUACAUUGCGGAGCUACACCCAUUCAACCACCUCCUUUUCGUGGCCUCGUUAUUCGAAGACCAACCCGUUCUCGUCGACAUAUCCUCAUCGAAACCAAUCAAGCGAAUUCUCCCCUCCGCACCCCUCCGUCCUCAGCCUACAAACGGUGAGGAAGUUGACCCCGCCGUCGCCGCCAAACAAGCUGCGCAAGAUGCAAAGCAUUCGACAUGCGUCACCAUAUUUACAGCAUUUGGCAAUCACAUCAUUGCAGGCACCUCCAAGGGCUGGAUCAACAUCAUUGAGACGGAAACAUGCACGACAAUCCAUUCCAUGCGUCUCUGCAAUGGAGUCGUCAUCCUCGCCCGUCUUGCCAACAACGGACGUGACCUACUUGUCAACAGCUCAGACCGUGUCAUUCGCACCAUCCUCAUGCCUGACCUCUCCCAAUUGGGUAUUGACUUUGAGCCCUCCGCCAUUAAACUACAAGUGGAGCACAAAUUCCAAGACGUCGUUAACAGGUUAAGCUGGAAUCACGUCACCUUCUCAUCAACCGGCGAAUUCGUCACUGCAACUACAUUUAUGAACCCAGAUAUCUAUGUCUGGGAACGUAGCCACGGCUCUCUCGUCAAGAUCCUCGAGGGUCCACGCGAGGAGCUCGGCGUGGUCGAAUGGCACCCCUCGCGCCCUAUGGUGGUUGCUUGUGGUCUGGAGUCCGGUUGUAUAUAUACAUGGUCGAUCAUCAGCCCGCAAAAAUGGUCCGCCCUAGCUCCAGAUUUUGGCGAAGUCGAGGAGAACGUGGAGUACGUGGAGCGCGAAGACGAGUUCGACGUGCACCCUGCCGAACAAGUGCAUCAACGCCGACUCGAUCUCGAGGAUGAGGAACCGGACGUGAUCACUCUGGAUCGCGCCCAGAACUCCAUCGACGCAGAACAGGCUGGUGUCUUCAGUAUGCCAGUCCUUCUGGAUAUCUCGGACAGCGAAAGCGGCGAGGAUAUUAUCGCGGUUGGUCCCGGUACGAUGCGCCGCCGUACUCCCGGUGAUGGAGAUGCCGAUAAGGACUCCAAGUCUGGUGCCAAUAGUGUCGCGCGUGGCGCAGGCAGGAGUCGCCGACGAUAAAAGAGUGAUUUGAUUGUUCUAUUUUUCUGUUGGGUCAUUGGUCUAGUAUUGCACAGACUGGACAUCAUUGCAUAUGGUUGGUGUUUGAAAGGCAUGGGUUUGGAACGGCGUUUCGGAGAUUUUCCCUGAUGGUACAGCAAGUACUAAUGAUCGGACAGUAUGCCUUUAUUAUUAAGUCAUGUCCCCUUGUCAGAUCCUCGAAACAACCCCACAAAAAUAAAUAACAAUAAUCCAUGAUCAGGAGAGGCUGUUUCUUCCCUUACUCUACAGUCCUCGUCCUACACUCCCGUUUCGAUUCACACCGAAUCACCCUCCACGCCCUCAGGCAAAAUCCACAUUGUCGUCUAUCUGGUCCUCCUGAUGGUCUUGCUGGUGGUCUUGCUGGUGGUCUUGCUGGUGGUCUUGCUGGUGGUCUUGCUGGUGGCCUUCCUGAGUGGCACCGUUUUGUAGCUGCAACACUGGGCGGGCUGGUCUCUGCUGCUGUUGUUCCAACACUCGCUGCUGCAUGAGCAGAUUUUGCUGCAGUUGGAUUUGCAAUGAUAGCUGCUGUUGCAUCAGCUGCUGCGACUGAAGCUGCAGCUGGAUUUGCAUGGUUGCGAGGUGGAUUGUGUGGUUGUUUCGAGGAGCGUGCCACACCAGGUUUCCCUGACGAGAAGGGCCGAAGAGGUAGGAGAACACGACCUGGCCGGGCUGCUAUCUAUCAAUCAAACUUGGUCCCGGCAACAUGGGGACUCGAAAGGCUCACAGUGUGGACGUUGUUGAGCCUUUGUCUUACAUCUUGACCACCAUUGCUUCGCAACCCCCCGCGCUGGCGGUUUCGAGGGCAGUCGUGUCGGUGGUCUGAUUCUCGCUGAUUAGGAAAGUCCAUGGAUCAUAGCGUAACAAGGAGACACUCACGCUGCCCGCGUCCCAGGCACCCGCCGCAGGGACGAUACUGGGGCAUUCAUUAGCUCUGGUUCAUGAGGUUUUUCUGGAUGAAUACGAAAGACACUCACAAUACGGUUGAUGCGACAUCCACCACGACGUCCACCAUGGCCAUCGCGGC